UCAGCCAGUUGCAGACAGUCGAUCGACGUUGGUAGAAGUGUUGCGCGUGUGGUGAGAGGCACACUCGCGUUCGGCUUUCCUCUGGUGCGCUUCUUUUGUGUGUGCAUUUUUUACUCGCGAGUGCGUUUUUUUUUUCUGUUCAACGAAGCAAAGCGAACCUCUGAAUAGGAAACGGUGUGAACAGCAGCAGACAAAAAAAAAACGGACGGAUGCACGGUUUUCUAAAUAAUGUUUUGUGAUAACCAUUUUUCCUAGCUAUCGUCGUUUUUGGGGAAACAAUUUUCCUCCUCGGCGGGGGCAGUGUUUGUGUGAGUGAUUGCGAGUAGUGCGGGCGAACGAAACGAAAUUCUCGCAGGUUAAAGCAAAAAUACAGUUCCACGGGUUUUUCGGGAACUUGAAUCAAAGGGGCAACAAGCAAGUGGUCGGUCUGAGGCGGCGUCGUGAAAAAAAUUCGGUGUUUCUAGCAGUUGUUGUUUUUUUACGGUGUGUGGAAGAGAAAUUGUUUUUUUGGUGGCUAUCUUGGAAGCAAAGGCUGCUUGGUUGAGUGCGCGAUCAACAAGAAGACCGACAACCAGCAGGAGGAACCUGACGAAAGUUCAACGAGACAAAAGUCUUCUGCCGAGAAAGGCGAAGACCCGAGCAAAAGAGGAAAAGAUUUCACGGGUCCAGCGAGAAGCUGGAAAAUUGUGAAUCCAAUUUUGCUCGCUUCAGGAAUGGUGCAAUCAAAGUGCUGAAUUUUGUUUUGCCGCUGUUGUUCGUAGAGUUCAGUGGCUGAAGGAGUUGAAAAUAAUAGGAAAAAAAACGUUGGAUGCCUCCAAUGAGGAACCAGCGGCUGCUGCUGAUCGUGCAGAGUGUGAAGAAUAGGCAGACGGAGGCAAAAUAGCAACAAAAACAAAGAAGAAAACGGCUUCCGACGAUUACGUUUUAUACACACACACACAAACACGUUUCCGAGUGCUGUUGUGUUUGUUGGCCGGCCAAGUUCCAGCCCGGUACAUACCGAUGCAAGAAGUUGGCUAACGCAAGACGGUGGAAAACGGACGGAAAUUAAAUACUAUUACCGACCGACCGGCCGACUGACGGACGGUGAGAAGAGGUGGCACAGAAGAGUUAUUCUCCCCACAGGAAAUAACAAUUUUAUUGUUCUCAACUUGAACGUGGAUCGGAUUAAUACGCAACCGAAAGUAGCACUAGCAGCAGCAGCCCCAGUGUGGAGCAGAAGGCGCAUCAAAUCGAUUCCCUCCUGCUUGUCCAGCUGGUGGAUCGAACAGAGAAAUUCGGCUGGUAGGCGGUUUCCAAGCGGAUUAUCAAGGCAUCUUUCUUACCGCCCCAGCGAGAAAGAGAGGUCCGUAUUUGGCGGCAAUGCAUUAAGUCCGAAAGGAAGACGGUGAUAAGAUUGACUUUCAUAUUUAUAUGGCAAAACGUGCUUCGAAGGUUGCGAAACUGCAUCACUCCCACAAGGAUGCUGCGCCGGGAAAUGGGCAGCCGUGAAUCGGUCAAGCCAUAAAACCGUAACCCCGGAUUCCCUUCUUCUUCGCAAAGACAUAAGAAUCGAACAAAAAAACAGAAACCCGCAUGACUCUGCUGUCCAGUGUAAAAUGUAGCCGUCAACCAUCGGGUCAGCCCGAGAUAGACAAACGCAGACUGAGUGUCCGUUUUAUUACGUAAUUAUCUGCACGUCGCCAAAGUACGCGUGCGAAGAGCAAUCGUCGAACCAGUCGGACCGGAAGUCGAUCGUUCGGGGAUCGUUGGACAACAAGCACACUAUGGCAGAAAUGAGCCCGAGCGCAGGAGGAACAGGAGCAGGAGGGGUACCUCCGGCGAUAGUAGCGCAACAGCAACAAGGUCCUCCGGUUCCUGCGGUGCGAACUUCAUCGCUGCAGCAACCGGUUCCACCGCCGAGAACGACAACGUUGCAAACGACAACGCAGGCCGUAGUGCACCACUCGGCUCCUACAACACAGUAUCCCUCCGCUCCCAGUUUCCAUCAGCAGCAGCAGCAACAGCAAAUGGUUCAUCAACAGCAACAACCGCAUCUUCAGCCUCAAGUGAUCAUAGCGGCAGCUGCAGCCGUAUCUGCUUCCGGGGGGCCGUCAUCUCACACAUCGAUUCCAGCACCGAACAAUAAUCAGAUUUACCCCACCAGCACCGGGCUGCUCAGCGGACCACGGCUCGUAGUUCUGCACCGGCACAAUGGUGACUUUGGCUUUACCCUGCGACAUUUUAUCGUCUAUCCACCACCGGAGGCAACUUCAGAUCCCAACGUUGGCCGCCUAGCGGCUGCAGUAGGAAUGCCGAACUUUGCCCAACCGAUGGAGUCGGUGUUCGUGAAGAAAGUCCAUCCAAACUCGCAGGCGUUUCUGGCCGGCCUGCAGGAAGGCGACCGGUUGCUCGCGGUGAACAGUAUCUCGGUGGCCAGCCUGCCGUACGCCCAGGUCGUAGCCACGAUCCAGCAAACGCCCAAAACACUAACCCUGCAGGUUGUGCCGAAAAACUACGAUAUUCUUCAGACGUAUUUUAGCGAAACGGCCUACAAUCCGGAGACAAACCAGCGGCCGCAGCCGCAGCAGCUAUUCAUUCCGAAGGCGUCAUCCACGCCCAAUUCCCGGACCGGUCAGAGUGCCAAGCGAGGGCUGACCGAUGUUCAAGAGAAACAAGAAUCUCUGUACAGUACGCUGCAGGAAAUCGUAGGGAAUGCUGCCGCGACCAACAACGUUCCUCGAGCCGCGGCUGCCACAACGGCAAACAAUGCCAGUAAGGCAAUCUACGCGGAGGUGCCGAAGAUUCGCUCGCCACCGGUAGCGUCCGAGGCACCAAUUCUCCAACAGCAGCAGCAGCAGCGAUCUAAACCGCUGGUCUUCGAUUUCGAUCCUAUCAAGCAGCAGCAGUACCUAGCGCAGCAGCAAAAGUUGCUGCAGCACAGCAAGGACAACGACUCGAUAAGUUCGUACGACUCGAUAAAAUCCGCUGCCACCCUUUCGGCAAACGACGUCCUAAUGGGAGGCGGUGAUAGUGCAAUAAUGUCCCGAUUAAGGAAAAGCUUCGAGCAGAAGGAGGAAUUCCUGCGGCGCCCAGCGCCUGUUCCUCUACACUCCGCCCCAUUCGAUGUUCAGCAGCGGGAGUUCUACGCAAGGCCGAAUCGGUUGCAAAAAUCUGUUUGGCCACCACCGGCCGGCAUCAAUUACCAUCAACCUCAACACAACCACCACCAACAACAACAACAUCAACUAAUGCCUGUGAUAACCACUACCAACGAGCAAGAUUCCUUAUCGAAACCAACGAAAAUGUCUUUUGGUACGCAAACGACCUCCGUCGGGGUUCCGAGUGCGUCAAAAGCGAACCAUUCAGCUGCCAGUAGAGAGCAGCACACAACCCACCUGUCCACGAUUCGCGAGCAAUUCUUCAGCGGAAUCAAUGGCAUCCCUUCGUCCCAGCAGCAACAACAGCAGCAGCAACAGGAAGACCCGAGCCACUUCGGGCCGCCACCCAAAUCGGCCCAUCCCUCACUAACAGUAGUACAAAACGGACAGCAACCGCUGCAACAACAGAACCAGCUUAGCGGCUCACAGUCGGCCCUGCCACUGUCCCCGCACAGUAUGCACGUGGUUUCCGAGAAAGCCAAACUGUUCGAGUCCGGCCGGCCGCUCUCGCCGGACGGAAUCGAUCGGGCGGAGCUGUACAAAAGCGAACUUAGCAGGAUAAACACUAAACAAGUAGUACCGAAUGUCGCCGUUCGGCGGAAAGAAUUUGAACUCAAAGCGGAGAGCACCGGAUGGCGGAGGUCUACUGAAGAAAAACCCCGCUCCAUCAGUUCCGAUUCCGACUGCCGUCGGACACCGGUUCGGGUACGAUCACUCUCGGUAGAAUCCGGUUCGGCGAAGGAUCCCACCAUCCUCUACGCGGACCGUCACACGAGCAGUGACGAUCAGCAGCUCCCAACCGGAGCGGCUGGCGGUGGUGUUGGAUGCAGUUUACUGCGACAACGUCCGGUGCGGGAGAAUUCCUACCGAAAUGCGGUCCGCAACUCGACAGCAUUUUGGCUACAAGGACCGGCCACAUCGGGAGCAUUUGUACCGCCACCAUCCGCACUAAGUCCACCACCUUCUUCCGUCUCUUCUCCUCCACCCACGUCCCUACCAUUCGUCGUCAGCCAACCGUCGUCGUCCUCGUCUCCACCCGUGCCUCCCGCACGAACUUACGCUGCCGCCCACCGGUUGCAGCCCCUCUCGGAGGAACAGUUUCGCCUGCGGAUGCUACACCGCAAUCAAACGAUCGUCGAAGUCCACAGUCAACCCCGGGCGGAACGUUCCGAUGAGGGUGCUGACGAAGCCGACGACGACGACGAUGAGUACGAUGACGGAGAUAUCGAUAUGAAGUCAUUUCCAUCCUAUUCUCCGUCCUGUGGCGGAAGCACUAGCACCACUGCAUCUACUGGCAUUAUAUUGGCCACUGCUACCCCUGCCUCGGCUGUAAACGCUAGUUCUGGUACAGCCAGCGCUACAACUGCUUCUACUUGCUCCGCGGCCGUGGCGGCGGCUGUCCGGCCGACGACGUUGAAUUUGUGUUCAGAUUCCGGCCAAGUGGUGCUCCGUCAGAAGCAACAACAUCCGAACCAAGCGCUCGCUAUCGAAGAAGAUGAGCGAAAAACCCGACGGAUAUCGUACCUGCGGGCGACGGCACACGACAACCUGUUCCAGCUGAUGGAGAGCUCCGACCCAUCGGACAGCAGUCCGAUGUCUUUGCCGCCCGAUACGCCGGACACCGAACCGGAAGCGAUUGGCACCGAUCAGCAAUCGUCGUCACUAUCACCCCCAUCAGCGUCGUCGGUACCAGUCACGGACUCGACGGCGGCUCCGUCGGUUGUUGGUCAACCGACGCAUCAACUUCAGCAGCAACAAUUUCCACAGCAGCUGAAAAGCGCGUAUCGUCCUUGGCGGCGUCCGCGUUUUACCAGCGACAUUCAACCGUUGCGAAGGCUGUUCGAUGAAUCAGCGCCGAUCGUCAAUCUGCCGCCGAUUCUAGAGCAGCAACCGUUAAUCGUCAGCUCCGCAUCAGUUAACGAUCUGUCUAAGCUACCGGCGGUGCCGGCUGACAGUGAUGACGGUGAGCCCUGCUCGGAUAAGGAACCAUCGCCGGGAGUCGGCACUCGAAGCCCCAGUCCGGUACCACGGGCAGUUUUCCAGAAGAGGUCGGCAUCACUAACCACAACAACCCUAACCGAUCAGAUGCGGGGCUCCAGUUUGGGCAAUCUGCACGUGAUCACAACCACGUCCGCUUCCGGUGUCGUCACCAGGAGCUACUUUUUCGCCCAAAGCCACAGUGCCAAAUCGAAAGCGCUGACCCAUUUCCGGGACUCGCCGGCGGACCCCUCGGUGCCGGUCCUGCGCGAAGGCGAACUCAACAUCAAGGUGACCCUGAUCGACGGCAAGCGGUCCCAGGAUCGCAGCUGGCGGACGGUUCAUGCCGAACUACGCGGCACCCGGUUGCGGCUGACGCUAAUUCGCGACGGGAAGAGCUCUAGUCAGAGCCCGGAACCGGCAGGAAUAAUCGAUCUCACCAACUUCCACGUGGCCGAAGGCAACUACACCAAGCGGAAGAAUGUCUUCAAGCUGACAACGGUGUCGCCUUACCACCAGCAGUCCUACCAUCAGCAGCAGCAGCAGCCGAUGAGUGCCCAGUCCCACCAACAUCUGGCGCUGCAUCACACCCAGUCGGCUGCCGGCGGACUUGUGGGCUUGGCACACACCGGACCCUCGUCGGCAUCCUCCUCGGGAGCCACCUCACUGUACAAGGGCUACGAACGAGAGCUGCUGCUGCAGGCCGACUCCCACAACGAUAUGCGACUGUGGAUGGACUCGCUGAGGACCGUCUGCCGAAGCAGUCAGUACUUGAACAGCAGUGAUUACGUCAACAGCUUGGGUGGUCAACAGGCCGAACCGCAGCGGGUGGCUGCCCAGACGAGUGUGCAAUCAACGGCCAGUACCGACGAGUUCUCACCGGUGCUGCCGGCAAAAUCCCACCGCAAGUACGCCCUCGGGUCCCGAUCUCCGUCCGGUCAGUCACCGGUCAACAAAAGCCGUAAAACACCGCAGCAAAAUUCGGCCGCGGUGCUAACGCCUGCGGCGAUAGCCAACGCCAACAACAAUCAUUCCCACCACAGCGGUAAGGACAGUUCCGACAAGGAAACCGGUUCUCCAAAGUCUAAAACCUGGAAAGGAAUCGUCGCCCGGCAGUUUCGCAAGAUGCAAGGCCAGCCGGGCUCCCCAGGAGCCCAACAUGCGGAAAUGCUGCUCCCGGAUGGAGCAUCCAUUAACGUUCCCCUCCCACUGUGUCCACCGUCGGACGAAAAUCCCUACGUUCCACUGCUGCUAGCCAAGUGCACGGGAAUCGUCGAAACGAGAGGUCUCGGGGUGACCGGAAUCUACCGGAUACCGGGUAACACAGCAGCAAUAUCUCAGCUAACCGAACAGGUUAACCGUGGGAUGGAUGAAGUCACUCUGAAAGACCCCAAAUGGGAGGAUGUCAACGUCGUAUCCUCGCUGCUAAAAUCCUUCAUCCGUAACCUGCCGGAACCGCUGCUACCGAACGAACUGUACCAUAGCUUUAUCUGUGCCGACAAACUGUCCGGCCAGGCACGACUGAUCGAACUGAAGCAGCUACUGAAGCGCAUUCCGACGUACAACUACGAAACGCUGAAACAUCUGAUGCGGCAUUUGCAUGCCGUUAGUACUAAUGCUCUGGUGAAUUUGAUGGAUCCCCGUAAUUUGGCUAUCGUGUUUGGGCCGUCCGUUGUAAGGUCGGCUAACGAAUCGCUGGAGACGGCCGUUAAGGAUAUGAAGCACCAGUGUCAGAUUGUGGAGGUGCUGAUCAAUCACUAUCAAUACUUCUUCGAAGACGAUCUAUUGCCGAUUGUGGUGGAGAAACAGUCAGCUUCUGUGGUUGAUUCUGGCUUGGAAGUACCGUCAACGUCGCUGUUGCUGGAUAAUGUUUCUAAACUUGAACCCUUCAAAGAAUCAUCAAAGGAAAGUAGCUCCCACUUUGUGGCGCAGAUCGUGCAGGCGGCCAAUAGAAAGAUUCGAAGAACGGCCCAGCGGAAAAGUACCAUGUCCUCGACCACACCGGACACUCUGUCAUUGGACAGUACGACCUCAGCGGAAUCGAAAGAGCGAAGCUCGCAACAGCCGCAUCAUCGCUAUCUCCAUCCGAACAGUGCAAGCGCCGUAGGCGCCAGUAACCGAAAUGGUAAUCACGAUGGAAGCCAAUCGGAUCCGGCACCCGUUUCAACAGGCGUAGUGCAUCACUCCUCGGACGAAGGCCACAAGGAGCAGCAAGUUCUUCAGCAUCACCAUCACCAUCAUCAUUACUACCACCGGCACGGGAAUGCAACAGGAGGCAGCGGUAGCGCCGGUGCGGGAAGUGAAAGUGGAAGCGGUGCCAGCCGGCACCACAGCAGCCAGAGUCAGGAUGAUAAUUCGUCAGUAUUAAAUCGGUCCUCGGAGGAGGACUCGAACGAUAGUGCAUUUGCCGAUAAUGGUUCGAUGUCCCUCAAAACGAUCACGAUCACACUGGACAACAAACUGCGCUCGCUGCGUACCUCUUCGAUCGAUUCCGAUCGGGACGUGGCUGACACGACCGCACUGGAAAGCGACGGGGAUAAUAGCAGCAGCUGCUACAGCACGGCUGCUACCCCUGGCAGCACCGUCGGUGGAGGCGUCACAGGAUCCACGAACCAGACGCCAACGCGCCGCUCGGUGCAUUCGCAUUCGCGACCUUUAACGCUCGGUGAAAACAUUCCAUACGCGGACGAGUCCCCGGAACGGCCGCUAAUCCAGCCGCGGGCGAAACCACUCCGACAGCACAGUAACAGUAAUGGUAACUUUCCACGAUGUACGGAAGUUAGUAACAGCAACGGGAAUCUGGUGAAUAAUAAUAUAAACAACAAUAACAACAACCACAAUGGUAAUCUUCAAGACGAAUCGGUGAAACUGUCGCAAAAAUCUCUGGAUAGUGGUGGUGGGACUGCCAACGGCAGUGCCAACGACAGCUGCGUCACGCUGGUUAACGAAUCGCACGCCCCACCGGAGGACGUGUUGCUGUACGGUGAAGACGAGGAGGACAAGGUGAACAACAUUUCCAUCAGUUCCGAUGAUACGGACACUUCAACGACGAGCAAUCCACGGGAGAAGCUUACGGCCGCCGCCUACCGGAUAGAUACGGAAGUCCUGAAAAAGAUGAACCGCAUUCUAACGAAUCUGGAGCGAAAGGCAAACAAUCUCGAGCGGAAGUUCAACCUGAAUCGGUCCCUCUCGCUAAACUACAAAAACCACAAAAAUCUCGAGUGUUGCUGUGGCCACGCAGUGGCAACCAUUCCCGGAACGACCGCCGGAACGCCGGGAGCGACCAUUCCCGUGCAUCAGUGCUGCAACAACAAUAUGCACAGUUUGCAUUCGAACAAUAACAACAACAACAAUGCGGUCAGCGUCAACAACGGUCUGAACGUCCGGUCAAGACUAUCACUUACGAAGGAUGAAAAAACGGACAAAAAUAUCAACCGCCGGCGGCAGAUCCACGAUGUCAGCCAAACGGUGAUGAGUCCGGUUGGUAUUGACGGUUGCUGUGGUCAGCAGCAAACAGGGUCCCUGACGGGACCGCAGAUCAUUCUCACUCCGCAGCAGCCACAGCAGCAGCAGCCAACCGCUGGUCGCCAUCGACGGCAGCUUGGUAAUCGUUCCAUUCGACGGCGGCACACCGUGGGAGGCACGCACGAUUACUACUCCAGCAAGACCCCGUGCCCACAGCAGCAGCAACAGCAGCAGCAGCAAACAGGGGCAAUAGUACCGCAACAGGCAAUCUGCGGUGGUGACGAUAAGGGCUGUAAGGAUUUGGAUUAGACGCGGUGAUGCUUACGCAGUAAAAAUGUGAUUCUUUUCUCCCCCCUCACACCCCCUCUAUUUCGGAUUACGAUCGGUUUGUUUUCGUAUACGAAGAGAGGCGGUGUGUUAUUCUAAUCGAGCGAUUAACGAUUGCAACUUGACCGUCCCAUUCGAUGUUCUCUAUGAUUACUUUCUUUUAUGUUUAAAAUUGCCGUCAGAUUCCGGCUAUUUUUUUGGACGUUUAUUUUGUAGUGUCGAUGUAUAACAGAGCAGAACAUUCCAAUUGAUAAUAAAUAAAUUGUAAUGGGAAAAGACGAUGGUUUCUGGUAACCUUCUGCAAGCAUUGAUUUGAAGUUUUUUUUACAAUUUUACCCUUGAAACAAAUUAGAGAACCUUUGUUGAUCGUUUAAUUCGUCGCCGUCUUUGCCCACUAAUCCAAAUCCAACAGACCAACUAAAAUUAAGAGGAAUAAAAAAGAAACCAAAAAUCGGCUAGAAACAUACUUUCCACACAGGAUGGCAAAUUGCAACAAAACGAGUGAGACCUUUUUCAAGUAACUUUAUACAAGAAAACAAACAAACAAACAAGUAUACAGUAUUUAUACUCAUUCAGCACUUAUUAUAAUGCGAAAAAAAAACAGCAAAUACGAGCUUGAAUCAUAACCGACUUGAAAUCCCGAAUUUCGUAGAAUUUGCACCAGAUUAUAGAGAGUCAGGAUUAGAGAUACACACCUUUAUACACAUUAGCAACCACUAGAGAAUAUCCACUCUGUCACUCAAUAUAUCCACUUUUAUAGGCAUAAACUCGAAGAAGCAAAACCCGACGAAAAGACAGAUGUGAUUUCGACAGCAGCAGCAGCAGCAGCAACAGCUUUGUUUCAACCUAUCUUUCCUCUCCUUCCUCGCUCUAUAGUAUAAACCAAGUACCUUUAUCUUUGUUUUAUGUUUAAGCUGAAAAAAAAUCCGAAUCGUUAAUCGCGUCUAAGUUAUUAAAUUUUGUUUAGUUUUUAGGUUUCCUAUCCCGCCUUUUUCUACCUUUCCUAACUUUGUUUGUUUUAUUGUUUUUCCUCUCCUCCCCUUCCUGUUGGCUCGCCGCUUGGCGUUUGUUAGAUAAAAAAAAAGAAAUGGAAAGCGUUUUCAUCAAAUGGAAAAGCUGCGGCAAGUGUUUCGUAGUAGUAGUAGUAGUAAAAGUAGUGGUAGUCGUAAUCCUAGUAAUAAAGUAGUAUCAGUAGUAGUAAGUUUAGUCGUAAAGUAAAAAAACAGUAACACUCGGAGUGCGCUUGUGUGCGUGUGUAAAAAAAAAUAUUUGCAACAAAAAUCAUUGAUUUCAUCCCAGCUUUCCCAAAUCCCCAAUCAACGAAUGUUUGCGGUAACGUGUGACGAAAAAGCAAACUCUAGUUUAGGCCGACAAUUCCCGCUUGAUUCGUUUUGGUUUAUCUGUGUUGUAAAUACUUGGAAAUAUAUUAUGAUUAUGAUUAUGACUUCUGAUAGAAAGAGACGCCUCGUAUCUAAUUUGUGUAGACAGUUAACGCGUGUGUUUGUGUAAAUCCAGUACGAGACGCGAUACGAGCACGGAACGUGGAAACACGCGACCGCUACCGAGUUCUUAGUUCUAGGAGCAAAAGAUUCGUACCCGAAAUCAAAUGUUUUUUUUUUUUUGAUAAUAGGCGCCCUCUCUAGAGUGCAGUGCAGAAAGGGAAGAAUUUUGUAAAGCCAACAAAACAACAAUAUAGAGAGUAGAAGGAAGAUUACUUCUAAAAAAUAA